AUGAAAAUGGGCCUAUUAGGUGCAGAGGCUGAUGAGAACCAGACAGUGGAAGAAAUGAAAGUGGAGCAGUUCGGUCCAGGGCACACCACUCCUAGAGGGGAGCUGGCCCCUAACUCUGAGCCGGAGCUUAUAGACAGCACCAAGCUGAUUGAGGUACAGAUCGUCCUUAUAUUGGCCUAUUGCUCCAUCAUCUUGCUUGGGGUGAUUGGCAAUUCCUUGGUGAUCCAUGUGGUGAUCAAAUUCAAGAGCAUGCGUACAGUAACCAACUUUUUUAUUGCCAAUCUGGCUGUGGCGGAUCUUCUGGUGAACACCCUGUGCUUGCCAUUUACACUUACCUACACCUUAAUGGGGGAAUGGAAAAUGGGUCCUGUCCUAUGCCACUUGGUGCCCUAUGCCCAGGGCCUGGCGGUACAAGUGUCCACCAUCACCUUGACAGUAAUUGCCCUGGACCGGCAUCGUUGCAUUGUCUACCACCUGGAGAGCAAGAUUUCAAAGCGAAUCAGCUUCUUGAUUAUUGGCUUGGCUUGGGGAAUCAGUGCCCUUCUAGCAAGCCCCCUGGCCAUCUUCCGGGAGUAUUCACUGAUUGAGAUUAUUCCUGACUUUGAGAUUGUGGCCUGUACUGAGAAGUGGCCUGGUGAGGAGAAGAGCAUCUAUGGCACUGUCUACAGUCUUUCCUCCUUAUUAAUCCUGUAUGUUUUGCCUCUGGGCAUCAUCUCUUUUUCCUAUACUCGUAUCUGGAGUAAACUUAAGAACCAUGUCACCCCUGGAGCUGCUAAUGACCACUACCAUCAGCGGAGGCAAAAAACCACCAAAAUGCUGGUGUGUGUGGUGGUGGUAUUUGCAGUCAGCUGGUUGCCGCUCCAUGCCUUCCAACUUGCUGUCGACAUUGACAACCAAGUCUUGGACCUGAAGGAGUACAAACUCAUCUUCACUGUGUUCCAUAUCAUUGCCAUGUGCUCCACCUUUGCCAACCCCCUUCUCUAUGGCUGGAUGAACAGCAACUACAGAAAGGCUUUCCUCUCAGCCUUCUGCUGUGAGCAGAGGUUAGACGCCAUUCACUCGGAGGUAUCUGUGACAUUCAAGGCUAAAAAGAACCUGGAAACCACAGAGAACAAUGGGCCCAAUGAUUCUUUCACAGAGGCUACCAACGUCUAA